AUGGCUGACGCAACUCGAGUACACCCAGGCUAUGCCGCCGCAAACAUUGAAAGUUCCGGAGCAAACACUGUUUCGGCCCCGGAUGCUGGUCUAGACUUCAAAGCCCAUACUGUCGCCCUGGACAGCGAUGAGCUCCGCGACCAGAUGACCGCUCAAGUCAACGCGCACAAACCGAGAUGGACCUCAUUGGCAUCUAUCCAGAUGCUUUUCUUUCUCUUUGUUGCCUACUGCAAUUCAUGGGGUACCGGAUUCGACAGCUCCCUCAUGAGUGCCAUGAACUCGAACGACCGCUGGCACAAAGACCUCGAUGUCCCAAAGACAGGCGGCUACCUUGGCAUCGUCACGGCAAUCUACACCAUCGGCAACCUUAGUGGUUCCUUCAUCGCCGGCCCCGCGUCUGACAAAUGGGGUCGCCGAUGGGGAAUGUUUGGCGGUGCCUGUGUAGUUGAAGUCGGUGCCAUCAUUAUGGCGACGGCCAAGACUUCUGGCGCAUAUAUGGGAGGCCGAUUCAUGACUGGCUUCGGUGUCGCUAUUGUCAGAUCCGCAGCUCCAGCCUUCGUCACCGAAACAGCACCUCCCUCGUGGAGAGGCCCAGCUACACUCCUGUACAAUUCGCUGUGGAUUAUUGGCGCCAUUCUGUCUAGCUCCAUUGCCUACGGCACUGGGCCUAUCAAGUCAAGUCUGUCUUGGAGAAUCCCGCUCUGGCUGCAAAUCGUUCCGUCCUCAAUAGUCAUCCUGUUCUCCCUGUUUCUUCCUGAGACUCCUCGGUGGCUUAUCGCCAACGACCGCUUUGACGAGGCGAAGAAGGUGCUGGCAAAGUACCAUGCCGAUGGAGACGAGACUUCGCCACUGAUUGCUCUUGAGAUGGCCGAGAUGCAAGCUAGUAUCAAACAGCAAGCCUCUGACAAGAGAUGGUACGAUUACUCGGAGCUCUUCAACUCUCGAUCAAGCAGAUAUAGGACCUUUCUCGUGGUGUCAAUUGCGGCAAUUGGACAAUGGGGUGGCUCGAACCUUACCGGCUACUAUCAAGCCAACAUCCUGCGCAGCAUCGGUAUUACUGCCCAGAACCGCUUGCUCAUCUUCAACCUGGCCUACUAUAUCUCGGCUUUGGGAGGUGCAACCAUCGGAUCCCUCGUCUGCGACCUGGUUGGGCGCCGCAAACUACUCAUGAUGGGCUGCUUAUCUAUGUGCGUCUGCUUGAUCGCCCUCACCGGGCUUACUUCGCAGUUCCAUCCUGGCCAACCGGACUCUGUCUCCAACCUCACCAUCGCAUUCAUAUUCUUUGUUGGUAUCUUUCACUCUGCUGGUAUCAAUCCUCUGGUUGUCGCCUACCCUGUCGAGUGCCUCCACACAAAUACCCGUGCCAAAGGUAUGGGUCUCAACAACUUUACUCUCAACGUGGCUGAGUUUGUCAACACAUACGGUGCCCCUAUUGCGCUAAAGAACAUCGGUUGGAAGCUUUAUAUCAUAUACACGGUCUGGAAUUUCGUUCAGACUGCCUGGAUUUACUUCUUCUUUGUCGAAACUCGUGGCCGUACCCUGGAAGAGCUGGAUGCCAUCUUUGAGGCGAAGAACCCUGUCAAGGAAUCGCUGAAGAAGGCGCACAAUGUCGAGGCUGUUACUGCCGAAGAUCUUAAAAGCGUCUAA